AUGGCCGCAGCGAAGUCAACUCUCUUAGUUUUAGGGAUACUGGUUCAUAUCAUCUAUCUUGCGUCCAUAUUCGAUAUUUAUUUUACUUCUCCCCUAGUUCAUGGCAUGACCCCUUACCAAUCGACUCUAAAGGCGCCCGCAAAGAGGUUGGUUUUAUUCGUUGCCGACGGAUUACGAGCAGACAAAUUUUAUGAACUUGAUGAACGCGGAAAAACUCGCGCACCAUAUUUAAGAGAUUUGAUCGAAACAAAAGCCAGUUGGGGUGUUUCUCACACACGAGUACCUACAGAGUCUCGGCCUGGACAUGUGGCCCUCAUUGCUGGGUUCUAUGAAGAUGUCAGCGCCGUGGCCAAAGGUUCGUGAUAAAGUUGCUUGUAGUCUUAACAAAUAUAAUCACGUCCUAUGCUCAAUUUUUAGAGAGAGUAUAACUUUUCUUACGAGCCCAAGGUUUUCAAAUAAAUAACUGUUAUUUGGAGUGAUGUCCAUAAUCCAGCAAUAGAUGUAAAUCAAGAAGCUCUUUGAUCUCACGUCCUCUUUUACUUUUAGUUAUGAGAACCUCCCGUGAAUAAGAUCUAUGAUUGGACUAUGAAAAUAGCAGUUGCUUUCGAAACCAACUUUGGGAAAAUUGAAACUAGAUACUUCUAGUAUGUUCUUCUGACAAGAAAUUUCAUUAUUAUUUCUUAUUCUGUAUUGAUGAAGACUCGACCCUUGCUAGUUUGGCAAAUGAUCUAUCAUUUGCAUAUCUUUACUGUAGGUUUAUGACGCUCAGGACCUUUUAGAAAUGAGAAGCUCAGUUUCUGAGAAAAUUGAAACUUUACCCAUUUGGUUUUCCUCAAAGGAGAAAAAUCUAAGGUUAGGUAUGACUUAAGUUGUUUUGCAAUUUUGCUUUCAGUGUGUAAUAUGUUAUAAUUAGACUGAUUUCAAUCUCCUGUUGAAAAAUUUUGUGGCUCCUAUACCCAUAUUUGGCGUGAGUGAACUUUGUUACUUUUUCUUUCCAAAAUUAUUGAAAGCAAUUAAAUAAAUUCAGCAUCUAUGCAAGUUACUGAGCUUAUAGGUUUGCUUUAGGAUGAUAAUAUAAAUGAGCUGCAAUUAUAGGAAUAUGGAGAUGGACUUUCUAUUUACUUGCAUAAUAAAAAUAGCGUUAAUUCCAGUUUUACCACAAUUUCUGGUUGAUUUCAUGCUGGUAAUCUGUUAAUUUUUCCACAAACAGUUGUUAGUACAGGUUAUAGGAAGGUGCAAGUAAUACACUAAUUUUUAAAGCUUCCUGUAUAGUUUUUAAACUAUAAGCCAGAAGAAGCAGAGAUGAUAAUAAGAUCCACUUAAGAUACCCAUCAAAAGACCUGUUCAAUAACCCAUUUGUUUUACACAGAUUGCUCAGUAUUAUAAGAGACUUUUAAGACUUUUUUAAAAGAUAUCUUCAAAACUCAAUAACAAAAGCUUUUAUCUUGUUUGUACUCUUACUUUCUUACCUUUUCAAUUUCUCAGCUUGUUUCUUUGUUUGGUUUAAAAAACAAUUCAAGCGAUUUCUUCAACUCAUAGAUCUUGAGAUAUCGAUUUCUUUUGAAAGCAGAUUUUUACAACUGGUAUCAUUCUCAAUGAAACAUUGAAAGCAAGAAGUGUGAAAAUUUAUUAAUUGCAUGCUCAAAGAUAUCAUGUCAACAAAAGCAAUGGAGGAACUUUGUGUGAGUUGACAAUUUUCUUUUAUUUUUGGGUGCGGGUUAUCUGCCAGUGCGGCCCGAAAUCUGUUGAAAUUUUUUCUCAUUAUUGCAAAAAUUAACCUAUACAGGUAAUCAGCUGUGUAGGUAAAUAACCAGAAAUUACAGUAAAUUUAUGAUGGACAGAACUUUGCACUUGAUAUUAAGCAAACACUUAACAAUAUAUUGAAUUGUUCAGUGGGGAGCAUUGAUAUUUCUGUGUAAUCCUUUAAAUCCUAAGAUCUGAUUAUUAAUUCUCCCCUCUAGCUACUACAAAUUUCCUUGUAAAUUAGGUAUAAGAAUUUGGUGUUAGACAAGGCAGCAACUUUAACAUGAUAAGUUUGUGUAUUCUCACUACCUGUUUGCGGGAUCAUGUAUGGAUAAUGGAAGGAGAAGUUACAUAUCAAUUACUUCUGGGAGUCAAAGAUUUAACUUUUUGUCCAAACUCCAUAGACCCGUUUUGUUUUCCUCCAAAAUACUGUCAUGGAUAUUAUGAAUGGAUGCAAAUACAAAACUUUCUAAAAACUUCCUAACAAUAUCUUAACCUAGUCAAGCAGACAGGUAAUCAGAAGAAAGAAAAGCAUAAUAAACAAGGGAAUUUUGUUCAAUUGAACACCAAAUUCUCAAAGGGAAAGUUAUUGGAAAUGUAUAGCAGACAGUAGGGAGAACUGAUGUUGAGAUUGUGGUUGUAGAAGACCUAGUUUACCCCUUCUCUCCCCUUUACAUGUAUAUACCAGCCAUGCAGGCUAGAGGUUGGCUAGAGUUACUUUGAUUUUGAUGGAUGUCACUAUCAAAACUCUUCAAAUUUAAAAAAAAAUUAUUUUCAGCAUAUUAAAGAGAUUUGGAUGGAGGCCUAAAACCACACUGUUUGAAUCAAACAUUAAAAAUCUGAGUUUUGACAAGUCCAUGGCAUCAGUUGGGAUAAUAUUAUCCCAGAUGAUGCCAUUGAUUUAAACAGUAGUUAACCCUUUACGUCCAAAGGUCUGUAGUGUUUCCUAAGGUACAGAGAAGGAGGAUUUGUUUGACAAUCAAGAGCUUCUUUAUUUGGUGAUAAUUUCCUUUAUUCGGAAGUGAUGUUGCAAGGAGAAUGAGAAGCUAGUCACUCUUAGGGAGUCAAAGAGUCAAGGCCUCUCCCAAAUUACAAUUCUUUUUUUACUGCUAUGGAUUACUCACCACACUAUAUGUUGCUUCCUUUUUCUAGGUUGGAAAGAGAACCCAGUGGAGUUUGAUUCUACCUUUAAUGAAAGCAGAUACACAUGGGCUUGGGGAAGCCCUGAUAUCCUGCCAAUGUUUGCCAAGGGAGCCAGUGGAAACCAUGUUUUUACAUCCAUGUAUGAAGAUGUUGCAGAAGACUUUGCAAAUGAGGAUGCUGCUAAGCUUGAUACUUGGGUGUUUAAUGAAGUAAGGAAGUUCUUUAGUGCUUCAAUGAAUAAUGAAACUUUGAAGAGGAUGCUUCAUGAAGAGAAAAUUGUUUUUUUCUUUCACCUUCUAGGUAAGUGCUUUCCAUAAAUACCACUAGGUUUCUUAAAGAUGUGGCAUUGUUCACUACUCCUGCACUUCUUACCUGUAAGAUACAAAGUAUCUGUUUUUUUUUGUUUUUUGUUUUUGUUUUGUUUUGUUUUGUUUUUGUGAUUAAGUAGUUGUAAAGUAGUUUCCCACAAUGUUUCUUUCAAGACCUUUGAAUACCCAUUAGUGGUAUGGUGCUUUCUCAAGUGUAGUAUUUAUAGAAAUAAAGGGGGCAAGUUUCUAAAGAAACUGUGGUUCUGCAUUGGUGGGGAGUAUAACAAGAUAAACUGUCUUGAAGUAUCCAUUAGGAUUAUGACUGGGAAACUGCACAAAUAGUCAUUUAUCUUUCUUUCUUCCUUAUGUGUACCAACACUUAAACUUUCAUGAAAUAUUUUUUUUAAAAACUAAUGAAGACAGCUUGGAGUGUCACUGGAUUUUAAAAAUUGUACACUUAACACUAGAUGAUAACCACUUCAUAAUUCAGAGGGUUCUUAGGCAUUGCCAUUUCAUAUUUUUGGUAAUUAAUGAAUUUACCCACCUUUAGGAGCAGCAUAGUUUUGUGAAAAAUGCUAUAUCAAAUCAAGUCUACCUACAUUUUAUCAGUAUAAGUAUUGUUUGACUUUUGUGAUUGUUUUCAGGAAUUGACACCAAUGGCCAUGCACACAGACCAACCUCCCAAGAGUAUCUUAGGAAUAUUGCUGUUGUGGACAAAGGGAUAAAAGACAUGGAAAAUUUAUUUGAAGAAUUUUAUGGUCAUGAUCAUCGAACAGCAUUUGUGUUGACAGCUGAUCAUGGGAUGACUAACUGGGGGUCCCAUGGGGCAGGACAUCCUCACGAAACACUGACGCCCUUAGUAGCUUGGGGAGCUGGUGUGCAAGGACCAAUGGCUCCUGCACAAGGUGUUGAUAUUGCCGAGGAGACAAUCAAGUGGAAUCUUGGUCAUCUGAAAAGAAUAGAUGUCAAUCAAGCUGAUAUUGCACCACUGAUGACUUCUCUGAUUGGUGGGUUUGUAUUUAACAACAUCCAUCAGCUUAAACAGCUCUUUUUUUAUAAAAGAAUAAUUUCAUUUUCUUGUUUUCCAUUGACUCAACAAGUAAAUAAAAACACAGCAUGAAGUAAGCUUUUUGCACAGUAUGAUCAUUGCAAGUUAUCCUAAUUUUGCCACGGGAUAAAUCCUUCAUCAACCUCCUUUUUUCAGUCAAGAUGGCUGUAUAUUGGGGUUGUUCCUCUGCUGAGCUUUCAUUUACCAUUAUUUUUGUCUCUGUCAAUAACUUGCCUAUUAUCCCGCAGCAGAUAACACAGUUUAUUUUCUGAUCAGGUGUUCCAUUUCCUCUGAACUCUGUGGGAAUUUUACCAUUGGACUAUCUCAACAACUCUGAGCAAUACCUUGCAGAAAACCUCUUCAUGAAUUCACAGCAGAUUCUUGCUCAAUAUGAUGUGAAAGAAUUGUUCAGAAAGGAAACUUCUCUCUGGUUUCGGCCCUUCUCUUCCUUGGCAGGUAUAAUCCUUUUAGUUUAUACAGUAGGGGGUUGUUAUUUUCUUAGUGCCAACAUGAAAGGAGGCCCCAACAAAACGAAAAGGGGGUAAGUUUCCAAAGAAACUAUGAUGCUGCAUCAGUAGAGGGUAUAACAAGAAAAUUUAGUUUUGAGCACUGAGUUGAUAAUGUAAAUUUGCAGCCACCUCAAAGAGUUUCUAGGCUGACCUUUCAAGAGUUAGCCCUUCGUCUGUACCAGAUCUGCAACAAUGUUAGAGGACUUAUUUUAAAAAGUAAGAAACAUUUCAUAAUAAAUAAUAUGAUGAUACACCCCACACUCUCAAUCGGCCCUCUCAGAAAUCCCAAACCCCUAGCCCCAUUCCCCCUCCCUCCCUACUCUCCCUCUGUGAGACUACUAUACUGGUUCUUCUACAAAUACCGAUUGGAAAUUGAGAUGUUUUUCGUUUGUUGUUUUUGUCAUAUAGGUGCAAAGAAAACAGGAAUGAUUCGUGACAUAAAAGAGUUCAUGCGAGCCAAGAAGUAUAAAGAAGCCGAGAGCCUAAGCAGAGGUCUAAUCAAUCUUGCAUUAGAAGGACUCAAUUACUACCAGAACUACGACAGGGUUUUCUUAAAUUUAGUGGUUACUCUUGGAUUUUUGGGAUGGAUAUCGUGCAUCAUCCUACAGAUUGUCGAAGAUCAUAGCGAAGUCAUCAAAGAGGCGUCCAAACUCGAUAAAGGGAGCGUCCAGCCAAUGGUGGAGACGGUGCCUUUAAACACCGCAACUUUGGUCCUCGCUUUUCUCGCGCUGAUUCUUUUGUUUAUUCAAAAAGCGCCUUGGAUGUAUUACAGCUACUGCUUAUUGCCCUUGGUGUUUUGGAACCGCAUUGCCAAGAGACUUCACGUGGUCAAAGCGGCUUGGAGCUAUAUCCGUGCAAAACAGUUGCAGCAUAGAGUUCUGUUUACCUUCAUGUUCGGUUGUUUCUCGUUAGAGAUUCUAGUCAUGAGCUUCUUCAGGCGAGAGAUUCUCUCUGUUGGUCUCAUCUGUCUUGCUCUGUGGCCUUUCACCACUCAAUUGUACAGAACUUGCAGGCCAUCUGUAGCAGGUUGGCUGAUCCUCAACUUCGCUCUCUCCGUGUUUCCUGUUCUUCCUGUUGUCGGACGUGAAGCCAACUAUUUCUUGGUGACUGCGGCAGGAUUCUUAACUUUGAUCAUUUUCUCGUCUCUGUUGUUUUACGUUUCCAGUGUGUCUUACUCACUUAGGACAGAAUUAACAAAAUCAUGUAAAAUCCUGCUCCCUCAAGCACUUCUCACGGGAUUAGCAAUUUAUACCGUGAACAGUACAGCAGCGAGUCUAAAACAAAAACUCGGACUCCCAUUAGUAAACCAACUUGGUAGUUGGACUAUUCUUAUAUCGUCUUUUCUGUUACCUCUGAUCAACUCGAGUAAUUUAACGGUCCGAUUGUCGAGUAUAGCUAUAGCGUUUUCCUCAUUAUAUAUAUUGAUGAGUACUGCCUAUGAAGGCCUGUUUUUGUUAGUCCUCUCGCUGCUAAUGGGUGCAUGGCUUUUGUCUGAGCACAAACUUUCUGGCAAAACCCUUGACGCGCUGUUAGAAACUCAACUAAGUAACGACAGCUCCACGAGCACUCAUCAGCCAGCUUGGAAAGCGCUUACAAGAGGCAUGGACACCCCUGUAACGAGAAAACUCACUCUAGAGGACCUUCGCUGCGCUUAUUUCUUCGUGUUCUUUAUCGUAGUGGCCUUCUUUGGAACAGGAAACAUUGCUAGUAUAAACAGCUUUGAUCCCGCGUCCGUUUAUUGCUUCCUGACUGUAUUCUCGCCCUUCAUUAUGGGAAGUUUACUGCUCUGUAAAGUGCUUAUUCCGUUUGUGAUUGUAGCAUGUGCAUUCGACGCAAUACACGUGGUGCUCUCGAUCCCAGUUCAAAGUCUAGUGUUGGUAGUGCUAGUGAUGACGGAUUUAAUGGGACUGCAUUUCUUUUACCUUGUGCAGGAUAGCGGUAGUUGGCUAGACAUUGGGACAAGUAUCAGCCAUUUUGUUAUCAUGAUGGCCUUUAUUAUAUUCUUGCUUCCAAUAUUCGGUCUGGCCAGGCUCUUCACAGGUGCGUCCUUAGCAUUCAGGACGAGCAAGAAAAUAGCCUAA